AUGGUCGAGAAACGCCUUCUCCUCGGCAAGUUCCAGGCCCCGGCAAAACAACCCCCAUGGGCCCAAGAAGAGGCGCGACACUUAGGCUGUAGCCUACACACAGCGGGGAAAACAUCCAGCUCCAAGGGCUCCCUGGCAUACACCCCCCGCAACGACGAGUCACCCCCUCCUGUCAAACGGAGGAGGCUACAGUCGUCAAACAUCUGUGUUCCUUGUGCAUCGGACAGUUACACACCGUUGCACCAAGCACACACACACACAAAUUACACCGCACCUCAGCCUCUCAAGAGAGACAGCUGCAGGGCUCAUGUUUCAAAAAUAAAAUGUUUUGUCACGGCCAAAUACCCCCCGUCUCACAAACAUUGUGUCCCAAAAAUAAAAUGUCAUUGUGCCUCGGCCAAAUUCCCCCCGUCGCACAAUCAUUUAGACCAAACACUCAUUUGUCUUCCCCAGCCCCUCACGGAGUCCCGCUGGGUAAGGCCAGUUUUUCACAAAACAAUAAAACCCAAGAAAAACCCUCUGUCGGCCCCUCUGGUGCACUCCCAGAGUCCUCCACCAGAGGGCCACACAACACAACAAAUAAAUUGCAUAGGCCCGCUGUCUCUGCACGCGGAGGCAUGGCGGGCGUGCGGUACCCAUCCAUGGGUUAUGUCAACCAUCACACGGGGUUACAGAAUUCAGUUCGGGACAAAACCACCGCGUUUCAACGGGGUUUUGGUUUCUACGGCACAGGGAGAGGCAGCACAGGUUUUAGAAGCCGAAAUAGCUACCCUCCUAAGCAAAGGGGCAAUUCAGAGGGUACCAGAGGGAGAAAUCGAGACAGGUUUUUAUUCCCGGUACUUCAUAAUUCCCAAACGGGAUGGAGGCUUACGCCCCAUCCUCGACCUACGUGUCCUGAACAAUCACUUACGCAAGUUCACAUUCAGAAUGCUCACAUACAAAACACUGUUCCAGUCAAUCCGAAGAGGCGACUGGUUCACGACCGUGGAUCUCAUGGAUGCCUAUUUUCACAUAGGGGUGCUACCGGCCCACAGAAAAUAUCUGAGAUUCGCUUUUCAAGGCAUUGCAUACGAGUACACCAGAAUACCGUUUGGGUACGCCCUGGCACCUCGUCUAUUCACAAAAUGUGUCGAAGCAGCCCUGGCCCCGCUCAGACACACGGGAGUCAGGCUCUCUGCUUUCCUGGACGAUUAUCUCAUCUGCUGCCCGACGAGGGCACAGUCAGAGCGAGACACUCGCAAACUGGUCUCCCACCUAGUGAACUUGGGUUUCAGUAUAAACUUUACCAAGAGCUGUCUGAAUCCGUGUCAGGACAUAGAAUACCUGGGGGUCAGGAUAAAUUCUAUCACCUAUCACGCUACACUUUCACAGAGACGGGUCGAGUCGUUUCGACAAUGUCUAACUCAAUUUCAAGAAGGGAAAUGUGUGCCAUUCAGAACGUGCCUCCGCCUUGCAGGUCUGAUGGCAUCGGCCCUGUCAGUCGUCCCGAUGGGUCUAUUGAGAAUGAGGGAAUUUCAACUCUGGUUGUCAGGGCUACGCCUAUGUCCCCGUCGCCACCUGCGCCGCAGAGUAACGAUAUCGGCUCAGUGUCUCGCAGCGCUUCGCUGGUGGCGAGAGCCAGCGAUAUUCCACACGGGCUCCAGCCUAGGAGUGGUGUCUGUGAGAGCAGUGAUAUCAACGGAUGCCUCACUGACGGGGUGGGGUGCAGUGUACGACGGCAGAACAGCAAGCGGAGUCUGGCCAGUACACCUCCGAGAUUAUCACAUAAAUGCCCUGGAAAUGCUGGCAGUGAGCCUAGCUCUCAAACAUUUUCUCCCUCUUAUUCGCGGUUGUCAUGUGCUGAUCAGAACGGACAACACGACCGUGGUGGCUUACAUAAACAGGCAAGGAGGAACGCGCUCGCUCCGGUUACACAGAUUGGCGCGCGAGCUUGUGUUAUGGGCGGGAGCGCACCUGGCCUCGAUACGAGCCACGCACGUUCCGGGCGCGCUAAACAGCGGAGCAGAUCUCCUGUCUCGGGGGACCCCUCUCUACGGAGAAUGGACAAUACACCCUCAGGUUGUUGCGACAAUUUGGGAAAGAUUCGGCAGGGCUGCCGUAGAUCUCUUCGCCUCGCACGAAAACGCCCAAUGUCCGCUAUACUUCUCUCUAAGGGACACAGAUGCGCCUUUGGGUGUGGACGCGCUUGCUCACCCGUGGCCAAACGCGCUGCUUUACGCAUUCCCUCCCCUGAGCCUCAUCUCCCCAACGCUGACGAGGGUGAGAGAGCACGGUCUGUCUCUCCUCCUCGUAGCCCCACUAUGGCCAGGGAGAGCAUGGGUAGCAGAGAUUACUCAACUCCUCUCGGGGAAACCAUGGCAGCUUCCCCUUCGCAGGGAUCUCCUUCGCCAAGCGAGAGGGCAGAUGUUCCACCCCCACCCAGACAGACUGGCCCUCUGGGUCUGGCCCGUGAAAGGUUUAAUUUGA